AGCACAGGUUCAUUCUGUUUUGGGCUCGGGCCAAGAGAAACAGUGUCUUUGUCCUUUAAUGUUCCACUUAGCGUGUGAGUGAUAUGGCUCCGAUAAGCAGCGGUGGAAAACGCCCAGCGUUAUCAGAGGCGCAUAGUUGGAGAUGCGCCAAAUCUGCCGGCAAACCGGAGUUGACGUCAGGACUUCCGGGUUGUACCAGCGACCUGCUGCUGCUGUCUGGAUACAUGGAGUGCAGUAAAGACAUGAAGCUCUCCUCUCCUCUCCUGCUCUUCCUGGCAGUGGGACUGUCCUCUGCCUUUGUUCUCUCGUCUCCACUACCGUGGCCCAAACUGAUCCUGACCCAUUCAUGGCCCAGCAGCUUCUGUUCCAUUGAACAUUGUGAAUCCAACAUUAGCCACUGGACACUACAUGGACUCUGGCCAAGCAAAGGGGCGUUUUGCAAUUCAUCGUGGCAUUUCAACUCUUCUGAGAUACAGGACCUGCUUCCAGACUUGAAGAUAAGUUGGCCUGACUUGGAAAACCCCUUUUCUACUGAAUUCUGGAAGUAUGAGUGGCACAAACAUGGCACAUGUGCAGCCAAAGCAGUUUCUCUGAAUAGUCAACAUAAAUACUUCAGCAAAGCACUGGAGCUGUACCACAAAGUGGAUUUGAAUGGCAUCCUGAAGAAGUUUAACAUCAUCCCUUCUGAAAAUUACUACACAUUUGCAGAAAUUGAAAAAGUCAUAGACACCUUCUAUGGCUUCACGUCUAAGAUCCAGUGCUACCAUCAGUCAAAGAAUGCUGAGUUCCAGACUUUGGGGCAGAUUGAGAUCUGUUUCAACCCCGACUUCAACCUCAUGGAUUGUGAAAAGCAGGAAACUCUAUCCAAGGGCGCCUGGUACAAUCCUGUGGCUGUUGACAAGACAUCUGGGCUCAGUGUGUGCGACCAAAAUACACCAGUUUAUUACCCACCUCCAUUAUAAACAGCACAUGCUGCCUUUACACGUACUGUACUGUACUGUAAGUUAGAUCACGCCUACUCACUCACUGCACUGCUGUUUGGAUUCUCCUUGAGUUUAUGGCCACUGCAUUCAUUGUUUUUGUAAGUUGGACAAUCAGCGUAGUGUGAAAAUAUUUGUCCAGAUCUGACAGGUAAGGAAAAAAGUCACCUUCAAGUGCAUUGUUCUUUUUAUAUCCUCCAGAAACCAGGACAUGCACUCACUACUAAGUAGUGCUUUAAUUAUGUCCCUUCCUGACCCUUCAUUGUAGAGGAGUCUGACAGUGUGCGGUGUGUUUUCCAGGGAGGUGGUGGUGAGUUGGAGAUCAGUCAGACAAAAUGUGUUUAUGGCAUCUGUGUGCAAAGAUGAGAUGUAAUGUGUGUAUUUCUCUGAUCUGCUGGUGACACAGUUUGAGCCACUGGUUGUGUGAAUCUAAAACUAGAUUAAUCCUCUGACCGGUUUUCAGAGUUUUCUUAUGCAUGACACAUCUAAGGACGAUCUCUGUAUUUUAAGGGUGUCUGGAUUUUAUUUGUUCAACAUUUUGAUAAUUUUAAUAGAAAAUAGGUGGAGAAUUCUAUUGCCAAACCACUACACAACUAAUGUGAUCCGAUAGUUGCCAAGUACAUUGUCAGUCCCAUCUUUUUGGCACGUGUUGCUGAAAAGGAAGCAGACUUUUCUUAGGACAGUUUAAAACUAUAGUCCAUAAAGUAAAUGUCCCAUCUAUUACAUAGGGAUUCUCAAAGGCUCAUUGUUUCCAUUGACUCCAGACAAAUCCUUUUCUAGUAAUUGUUUUAGUAAAUGCUAUUGAUUGAUCACAGUGAUUUGCUGGCUGCUUUUUAUGUGUAGAUUUAACAUUUUAAACCUAAAGGUAAAUGAUUUUGUACUCAUGCUGGUAAACAAUUGUUCAACUGUUAUGAUUUUAUUAAUGUCAAUAAAGCAUUUAAUCUGC